AUGGAACAAGAUCAGAUGGCGACUCUAAAUAAUCCUAGUGAUGAAUGUAUAGAAGUGGAGAGGAAGAUAAGUUUGGAGUACAUGGAACUCAAGAAAGCUGAGGAACUAUACUAUAAACAGAAAUCACGGGUUCAGGUUAUCAAGGAGGGGGACUCAAAUACAUCUUUCUUCCAUAAAAUGGUCAAGGUAAUGACUCAAAGGCAACAAAUCACUCGCAUGAUGAAUGAGCAAGGUGAAAUGGUGACUGAUAUACAACAAGUUGGAGCUAUAGCAGUGGACUUCUAUACCAAGCUUAUUGGUACUGAGGAUCCACAUAUGGAGCAUCAUUCUGUUAAAUUUUAUCAAGGGAUUUUACAACACAGAUUAACAACUGAUGAUGGGGCAUUACUAAUGCAGGGUAUCACAAGGGCAUAA